AUGACGUUGGGCGACGCGAGGGAAAAGAAAUCCCCGGAGGCUGGGGGUGUGGGGGGCACGCCGCGCCACCGCGAGUGCCUGACGCCGAACGCGCGACGCAUGUACCUCACGCUGCGGGCGGCGGCUGUCUUGCUGUGGCUGCCGCACUCGCUGGCGUCCAUGUACGUCGCCGCCACCGCCCCCGCGGCCACGGCCGCCUCGUUGCCGUGCGUGCUGGCCUUCAGUCUCGCCAGCAUCGCCGCCACGUACUACGUCGCGGUGUGCACGCAGUGCGGGGAGUACCUAAUGAUCACCGCGUGGCUCUUUGGCGUGCUGCGGGAAGAGGCGUGGGCGGCCAUGUUUCCCGACACCGUCGCCGUCCCGCAGAGCGGCCAGUCCGCCUUGGCCUCGUGGGCGGCUGCGGCCGCGGAGGGAGGGGUGCUCGCGCGCACGGGCGGCGGCGGCGUCGUCGGCAGCGGCGGCGCCCACGGCAGCCCCAGUCUGCUGUGGAUCGCCGUCGCCAUGCUGCAGGGCAUCCUUGGUGGCAUCCUCUGCAAGCUGAAGGACAUCGACGAGGACCGCUACUACCCCACCCACGCCAUCGGAGAGCGGCUGUACGUUGUGGUGCCCUUCUGCACCGGCCAGUGGCUGAGCUUCGUCCUGCAGAAUGGCUGGCGCGGCAUCGUCGUGGAGAACCUCACGAUCCUGCUCUCCCUCGCCAUGGUGGGCUACUGCGUCAUUGGCUGCAAGCUGCUGAGGCAGCACACUUCGCUGCGGCGCGGGGACCUGAUUGGGUUCGUGGAGGAGCUGCUGACGACCUCCUUCGGCGUCGUCUUUGCGGCGAUGCUGCUCGGCAGCGUCUUUGUCACCCUGCUGGCCAUCCCCUUUUUGAAGUCCCUCUUCUCACUGAACGCCCUGGUGAGUUCGGUGGGGAUCGUCUUGGAGUUUAUCGUAUACGAGGCGGCGUAG